AUCCGACGACCAACAAGCUAAGGGUCGUCAUCGGCCGGCCGGACGUACGUACGGCGGCGAGCUUGCUACCUCUGUUCUAUUCAUACAUCGAUACAUUACAUUACGGUGCGAGUAUACUAUAUAUACCAUGGCGUCGAGAGCUCCGGUGAUCGUCGUCGUCGCGGCCGUGAUCAUGGCGGCGGCACGCCUCGCGAGCGGCAGCGGCUAUUACCCGGUCGCCGCGCCCUUCACGUCGUCGAGCUGGCAAGACGGCAGCGCCACGUUCUACGGAGACGGCUCCGGCCUCGGCGCAGACUUCGGCGGCGCGUGCGGCUACGGCGCCAACGACAUCCAGUCGCUCUACUCGACGCGCACGGCGGCGCUGAGCACGCCGCUGUUCGCGGGCGGCGCCGGGUGCGGGCAGUGCUACGAGCUGCGCUGCGUCAACUCCCGGUGGUGCAACCCGGGCUCGCCGUCCGUCGUGGUGACGGGCACCAACCUCUGCCCGCCCAACUGGUACCUCCCGAGCGACAACGGCGGGUGGUGCAACCCGCCGCGGCAGCACUUCGACCUGGCGCCGCCCUCCUUCCUGCUGCUCGCGGAGCGGGUGGCCGGCAUCGUCCCCGUGCAGUUCCGCCGCGUGCCGUGCCAGCGCUCGGGAGGGGUCCGGUUCUACGUGCAGGGCAACUACUACUGGCUCCUGCUGUACGUGAUGAACGUGGCCGGCAGCGGCGACGUCUCCGACCUCGCCGUGAAGAGGGCCGGCGAGCCGGACUGCAGCUACGUGCCCGCGUCGCACAACUGGGGCAUCACGCACCAGGUGUUCGCCGCGCUCGGCAACGCGCAGGGCCUCGUCGUCAGGAUGACCAGCUACAGCGCGCCGCAGAAGACCAUCGUCGUCGGCGACGCCAUCCCCGCCUGGUGGUCCACUGGACUCUCCUACCAGGGAUCCAGCAACUUCUACUGAGUAGUAGUUAUUUGCCCUCCCAUCCUAUAUAUUCAUGUAUGUAUCAUCACAGAUCAAUUGAUCCACGACGAUGGAUCAUCCUUAUCAUAUAUUCUCCCUUUCUCGAUUUGAAUACGUUUUUUUUAAAAAAGAACAACCUUUUUUUUUGCUCGACCAAGCAAUGCAGUGUAUGUUAUUAUCAAUUCAAUACAACAAUAUCUCUAUCUA